UUGAAUGCUUCACCGCACGCAAACACAGUUUGAGCUUGGACACUUCCAACAUCUGUUAACACAAGCCUAGCCACCGCAGGAGCGAGCGAGCGCCGAAGCUCGCCGCCAUCUCUCUGUUACUGGGUCGCGGAGGUUGUUGGGCUGCUGGUGUUGAGAGCUCGGGAGCAGUCUCUGGAAAGGGUGGGCGAUGGACGGUCAGUACUUGAUCAGUGGCGCCCUGGCUCUGUUCCUGGGGAUGGUUCUGCUGUACAAGAGGUUCGGGAAGGAGAAGAGGAGGCUGUCCAAGAAGGGUCGAGGCGACGGUUACGUGAAGAGCUCUGUUGAUGGAGGUUUCAGGCCCGAGGCCGACGGGAGCACCGAUAUCCUCAUUGUCGGCGCAGGAGUCGCCGGCGCCGCCCUCGCUUACACGCUCGGGAAGGAGGGACGUCGCGUGCGCGUCAUUGAGAGAGACCUGACAGAGCAAGAUAGAAUUGUCGGCGAGCUUCUUCAGCCAGGGGGUUACCUGAAAUUGAUGGAAUUGGACCUUGCAGAUUGCGUUCAAACAAUUGAUGCCCAAAGAAUUGUUGGAUAUGCUCUCUUCAAGGAUGGGAAACACACACAGUUGUCUUAUCCAUUGGAGAAAUUUCAUUCAGAUGUCGCCGGUAGAGGUUUCCAUAACGGCCGUUUCAUUCAAAGGAUGAGGGAAAAGGCCGCAACUCUCCCAAAUGUAAGUCUAGAACAAGGAACAGUCACAUCUCUAAUUGAGGAAAACGGAACUGUCAAGGGAGUGCAAUACAAGACCAAGGCUGGGGAAGAGUUGAAAGCAUAUGCUCCCCUCACCGUUGUAUGUGAUGGUUGCUUUUCAAACCUACGCCGUAACCUCUGCACCCCGAAGGUUGAUGUCCCCUCUCAUUUCGUGGGGUUAGUCGUGGAGAAUUGUGAUCUUCCAUUCCCAAACCAUGGCCAUGUCAUACUGGCAGACCCUUCACCUAUCUUAUUUUAUCCGAUCGGCAGCACUGAGAUCCGUUGUCUGGUCGAUGUCCCAGGCCAGAAAUUGCCCUCUGUAGCCAGUGGUGAAAUGGCCAAAUAUUUGAAGACAAAGGUUGCUCCACAGGUUCCCCCUGAAUUGUACAAAGCCUUCAUAGCUGCAAUUGACAAGGGGAACAUAAAGUCGAUGCCAAAUAGAAGCAUGCCCGCUAAUCCUCAACCCACCCCUGGAGCUCUUCUGAUGGGAGACGCAUUUAACAUGCGCCAUCCAUUGACAGGAGGAGGAAUGACCGUGGCUCUGUCUGAUAUCGUUGUGCUAAGAAACCUCCUUCGCCCACUUCAGGAUCUGAAUGAUGCAUCUGCUCUAUGCAAAUAUCUUGAGUCGUUCUACACACUGAGGAAGCCUGUGGCAUCAACCAUCAACACACUAGCCGGUGCUCUGUACAAGGUUUUCUGUGCAUCCCCGGACCCGGCAAGAAAGGAAAUGCGCGAAGCGUGCUUUGACUAUCUGAGCCUCGGCGGUCUAUGCUCAAGUGGGCCAGUCUCUCUGCUCUCAGGUCUAAACCCCCGUCCCAUGCACUUGGUAUGCCAUUUCUUCGCUGUAGCCGUAUAUGGUGUUGGCCGGCUAUGUCUUCCGUUCCCUUCGCUGAAACGCAUGUGGCUUGGGGCCAGACUGAUUAAGGGUGCAUCAGGUAUCAUCUUUCCCAUAAUAAGGGAUGAAGGAGUAAGGCAGAUGUUCUUCCCCGCAACCGUGCCGGCUUACCACAGGGCUCCUCCUGUUAACUGACGGAAUGAAGCAAGCUUGAUAAGCACACGAAUAUGCGGUCGAGUUCCUUCAUCCAAUUACAUUGCUCUCUCAUAGUAGAUGGAGAGGGCUGCUAGUUAUACUACACUCGGAAGAGAAUUGUGCAGUACAACUUUAGAUUCCGUUACAAUAUGUAGACUCAUUCAGUACAAGAUUUUCCCAGGAACAUUGAACUUUUGUUUGUUCUCUAGCUGAUCCAAUCAAAUGUUAAUAAAUACUCCUUGCUCA